AAGACGGCGUGGCAUUCCUUGGAGCCAGAGCCAGUAACCCGGUGGCGUGGACAGUGAGCCAGGAUGUCAGAAGUGAGGGUCACAGAGUUGUCACCCUCCACUGUCGGAGGAAGGAGAACAGUUUUAGUCAAAGGGUGGAGGCGGCGGGCUAUCAGCGAGUGCUGCAGGUAGACCUGGAGGUGAACGGGCUGAUGGUGACUCAGGGGGGGAGGGAGGUGACGUGGCAGGUGGAAUAUCCGCUCACCCGCACCCUGACCAGUGAGGUGCAGACCCUCAUCCGCCUGGCGCCGCAGGACUUGGGAGGCAUCGUGCCACUGGCCAUGGACACCGAGAUCCUGAACACUGCUGUCCUCACCGGACGUACGGUCGCUGUGCCAGUUAAGGUGGUCACCGUAGGAACAGACGGAGCGGUCUCUGAUGUGACAGAGUCAGUCGAGUGCAAGUCAACAGAUGAACAGGUUAUCAAGGUAUCAGAGCGAUGUGAUUACGUGUAUGUCAAUGGAAAGGAGACAAGAGGAAAAAGUCGAGUGUUCCUCAACUUUACCUACAGUUUCCUAAGCGCCCAACUGGAGAUGAGCGUCUGGAUGCCCCGCCUGCCCUUGCUCAUCGAUGUGGCCGACCCCGAGCUCAGCCAGAUUAAGGGCUGGAGAGUCCCUGUUAGUACGGGGAACAGGAGGUAUGAGAGGGUCACGGAUGACAAGGAUGGUGAUGAGCCGGCAGAAGAGAGGACAGAGAAUGCUUGCGUGGCCCAGUAUCAGAGCACCACCCUGCGAGUCCUCACACACUUUGUUGCAGAUACCGGGGAAGUCAGAGGGGCCACAGAAGAGGACGGGCUGGGCCAGCAGAACUUCCUCCUGGGCAGUGACUGGCAGGUGGAAGUGACACAGCUGGUCAAGGAUUUUCUGAGGGUGGAGGACCCAAAGGUUGCCCAGCUGCUGGAGGGCCAAGUCCUGAUAGGACUGAGCGCUGGAACAACCAAACUACAGGUGCUGUCCCCUCUGACGUCAUUGGUCCUGGCUGAGAGGAGCAUCAGGGUACUAGAUGAUAAAGUGAGUGUGACAGAGCUUGGGGUCCAGAUGGUAUCUGGGCUCUCGCUGUCCCUGCAGCUCAGCCCAGGGAGUAACAGGGCCAUCGUCGCCACUGCAACCACACAGGAAGUCAGUGAAUCGCUCAAACAGGAGUCCCUCAUCAGUGCCUGGCUCCAAUUCAGUGAUGGAUCCAUGACUCCUCUAGACAACUACAACCCUGCCCAUUUUACUCUGGCAGCCACCUCAUUGGAUGAACAAGUGGUGGCAGUGCAGCACAGUGCAGCAUGGAAGUGGCCCAUCAUUGUUGCCCAGGGUGAAGGACAGGGUUUGCUUGUGCGUGUUGAAAUGAGUCCAUCAGAAGUGUGCCAGAAGGGCAAACGGCGUACUGUUUUAGCCACUGGAAUGGCAAACAUACAAGUAAGGUUUGGUCAGUCGGAGGAGCAAUACAGACAACCAGGAGAUCGACGAACGCGGCCUGAUCCUCCAUAUUACGGUGGAUCUAUCUCUGACAUGGAAACUGGGUUAAUCAACCGUGGAGCCACUACCAUAAGGGGCCAUGUUCCAGCGAGGCCUAAUGGGGGCCGUCUAUCAGCAGAAAGUGGUGCGAGAGUCCCAAGCGUGUUCUCUGAAUAUCCAGACCAGGCUGAGCUGCCUCGGAGCCGCAGCACUGAUGAGGACUUGCUGCCAUCUCGCCGAGGCUUGACUGACCUGGAGAUUGGUAUGUAUGCCCUGCUGGGAGUCUUCUGCCUGGCCAUCCUGGUUUUUCUCAUUAACUGCAUCUCUUACGCAUACAAGUACCGUAGCAAGCAGCUGUCCCUGGAGGCCCCGGAGGCGAUGCCCCACGCCCACGAUUGGGUUUGGCUGGGCCAAGAGGAGGGACUAUGUCUGCAGCAACAGCAGCAGGAUGAGCUGGGCGGCACCCUAGAGGAAGGUAGUCAACUAUUAAAUGGAGGCAUCCAGCGCGGUAAUGCUGGUGUGGGAGGAUGUAGCUCAGGUGGGAGGGAUCACAGGAAUGAGUCGCUUAACUCACCCACCACCAAGAGAAAGAGAGUGAAGUUCACCACCUUUUCCAAUGUCAAGUCCAGUAAUGGAUGUCCUGUGCUCAGCCCAUUAGCACUAGUGCAGACCAGUGAGAUAAAAUGGGUAUGUCCGGACAUUGAGCUUGGAGACUCAAAGGAUCUUAGGAACUACAUGGAAAAGCUGAAUGAGAAUGCAAUUAAGAACAUUGCAUAGGGGGUACUGAGUGUUUUCAGUGAACUAAAGAAAAACUCACCUGAAUGCCUUCAGAAAAAGGAGGGAUUGAGGGCUGGAGGGAGGAAAGGAAAGAGGAAAAGGAUAAGGGGUGCAGAAAACAGACUGGGGCUGCUGUUAAAACUGUACCUCACCAUAACAACAGGGUAGUGCGUUCAGCCUCUGUUGUUACUAUGACAGUACUCAGAAAGGGUCAAGAAAUGGACUACCACAUGACAUGAUUUGCCACGACACCAUAGCAUAGUUAUAAAAAGGGGGAAAUGUGAACUUGAUAGUUGUUGCUUAAAUUAAAUGUUUGUUCUUUGUCUUCAGUUUCCUUUUCUAUGCGCCAUGUACUUUGUUUUACAUUUUCUUUUUUAAAAAUCAUCAUGUUUUAAUGUUGUAUUUGUUGUAUUUUUUGCGCUUUGUUGCUUUUAUUUUUAGAGUUGCUGUAUGCCCUGUACCACCUGUCAGCAAUUAUAGAUUCUAGGAGAGAAGAGUUAAAUGAAAUUCUGUAUUGUAUAUAAAAGUGGAGUUUGAUUUUGAGGUAUUAUAUGUAUAGUAACAUUUUGUAAAAGUGCUGUUGGGUUAUGUUCUAGUUUUGUUUUUAGUUCUGUUUUGUUUGUUUUUUUGUCUCCAGAAACCAGAUCCAUGCAUGAUGUUAUUAAAGAGGAGGCAUGUGUGUCUGAUCUGGUACCUGAAAUGAAAGUGUGUAGAUAACUAAUAUCAGUACCUCUGGAGACAUGUCAGUUUAGUAUUACUGCAUUGUGGAGCUGAGUUUUGAGUUGGUUUCGAUAUUGGUUUGAAAACAUUUGUUAGCCCGAUAUUUUCCCUUCUUAGGUAAAUUUUAUUAUUUAUGCAACCCCCUUUGAUUCUGUUGCAUACUUGAAAAACUAGACUUUUUAUGUUUAAAUCCAAAUGUCCUGAUAUUAUGAUUAAAUCAAAACAAGUUAAAAGUAAAAUACUGAUCACCAUCAAGAGUAUCAAUAGACAAUCACAUAAAUAAUGUAUGACUCAAUCCCUUCAUUUAUAAUAUUCCAUAAAAAUCAGCCCAGUUUACAGCUAAUAUGGCCUGAAUUAGGUAGAGAUCAGCAAACACACCUCAUUUCUACUGUAUAUGACAUUUUGGAUCUCACAACGAAUGAUCACAAACUUUGA